GCANCCACUCAUCCUGUUUUCAUAGAAAAAUUCUACAUGCUAAUUGGAGGAAAUCAGCGAAAAAUAUUCUUUCCCAUUGUUCGUGGAGUGCACCAAAAUCUCUCGAAGUAAGAGGACAUAUUUCAUUCAAGUCUCCAAAGGCUACUCCCAUAAUAAACAGUGCGACGAGCCUUCGUGAUGUAACAAGACGCUUAAAACAAGACUUGAUUAAAAGCUUUAAACAUUUAUAAUAAUAAUUUAAUAUUUGUGGGCCCUUGACACUUGGAAUCCUAGGGAUUAAGUCCUAUUAGUCCCCACGUAGUCCAUUUGAGUCUCGUAAGGCUAACGCCCAUAACCAGGAGUGUGCCAAAAUCUCUCGAAGUAAGAGGACAUAUUUGAGUCUCCUACGGCCAACGCUCAAAACCAGGAGUACGCUAAAAUCUCUUGAUGUAAGGCUAGGACUCCACUACCGUAAAAACGGCGUAAAAACCCCUCGCCGUAAAAGCUUUUAAUCACGUGACCUUUUUGCGUUUGAGCUCGGAUUACGGUGGAGGUCCGGCUAGCGCGAAGUUUUUACGGCGACAGUGCUGCCCCAAAUGUCGAACGUAAAUACUUUCCUUAGGUUAUCACAAUACACUUACGCGUGAACUUAGUUUUCAAGACCAGGAAUAUUAUUAUGAGUAAGUAAUAAAUUAAAAUUAUAGCAAAAUCUUAUAAUGCAUAAAAGUUUUAUUAGUAGUAACGUGAAUUUUGUUGACAGUUUUUUAAGAAUGACACCCGAUCUCUUUGAGGUGUUAUUACAACGAGUGGAAAAUUAUAUAAGCAAACAGAACACAUGUUUUAGAGAAGCAAUUUCAGCCAGAGAACUCUUAGGAAUAACUUUAAGGUACAUUUUAUAUGAUUACAGCUAAUAACUGACUAGCUUAAUCUGUUUUAAUUGGUUUAAAAAGUUCAUUUUAUCAUGUAUUUUUCUAGAUUUUUAGCAUCAGGGGAAACGUACAGAAGUUUGUCAUUUGCCUUUAGAGUUGGAAGACAAACAAUAGCAAAAAUUGUUCCAGAAACUUGCCAUGCUCUUUGGACUCACUUAAAAUCAGACUGCAUGCAAUUUCCCUCAACACCAAAUGAAUGGAAAGGUAUUGCAGAAAAUUUUUUAAAAGCUUGGCAAUUGCCACAUUGCUGCGGUAGCAUUGAUGGAAAACAUGUGUUGAUGGUUUGUCCAAAAAAUAGUGGAAGUUUAAACUUUAAUUACAAAGGAACAUUUAGUAAUGUGUUGCUAGCAGUGGCAGAUGCCAAUUAUAAAUUUUUGUAUAUAGACUAUGGACACUAUGGAAGCGAGAGUGAUGGAGGAAUGUUUAGAAAAGUUCAGUUUGGCCAAAUGAUGGAAACCUGCAGAUUAAACUUGCCUAAUGACGAUUACUUGUCAAAUUCUGAAAUUAUGUUUCCUUUUUAUUUCAUUGGUGAUGAAGCUUUCCCACUAAAAAGAAAUUUGAUGCGACCAUAUCCCAGACGCUCAGCUAUUAGCCGAUCACAACGAGUCUAUAACUAUAGACUGUGUCGUGCUCGUCGAGUAGUGGAAAAUGCUUUUGGCAUUUUAAGUUCUCGUUUUNAAUUAUAA